AAAAUAUUUUUGCAACUAGACUUCAACAAAAAAAAACUCGGCAGUGGACAGCCCGGGAAAAACUUUUUAUAAUUUCUUACCUUGAAAAUGUUCCUGGAGCUUCUGUACGUGGAACCGCUGAUAAAUUCCAAAUCCAACCCAAGCAAAUUCGAGAUUGGAGAAAUAAGCGGCAAGAGUUAUUAUUAGCUCAACCUCAUGUUAAGCGUCUUAAUAGUGGUUCUCGACCAAAUUUUCCUGAGCUUGAAGCAGAGCUUGCAGAAUGG